UGUUAAUGGUGAGGCUUACAAGUGGUUUGAGUCUUAUCUCUCAUUCCACUCUCAGAUCGUUUGUAUUAACAGUUAUAAAUCUGAUGCUUUGCCUCUCUCUUGUGGAGUACCUCAGGGUUCUGUGGGCGGGCCAACUCUCUUUUCGAUUUAUUUAUCUGGAUUGCGACAAGUUCUGUUGAAUCACGACAUAAAAUACCAUAUUUAUGCAGACGACAUCCAACUCAUGAUUUCCUUUAAUUCGGAUCAACUAGCUGCAGAAAGUUCCAUCCAUCGUCUUGAAUGUUGCAUGGUUGAUGUUCACAAUUGGCUGACUUAUCACUCUCUUAAGUUGAAUCCAGCCAAAUGUGAAUUUCUUCUUUUUGGCUCCAAGGCUACACUAUGGAUAAGUCUUCUUCAUUUCAUCAUCUUCGCUAAAAGGGAUCGAGUCACUGCAAAAGCUCUCGUCCUUCUAAUUGAUUCUAACUUGACGCAAAGUAUAUUAAUCAAGAUGACCCAGAUUUGUCUUGCUCUACUUCUACUCGUCUCGACAACCUUUGCCAAAGAAGUUGUAUUGUUAAAAGCCGCUGAGCCGAUUGCUGGUAGCUACAUAAUAAAACUCAAGAGUCAUGUCGACGUCGAAUCUAUUACAUCUACCAUUAGACUUGCCGGUGGUCGUGUGGACCAUAGUUAUAAAAGACUCUUUAAAGGUUUCUCGGCUCGUCUUUCUGAUGAUCUACUGAAGAUGGUCCGUUUGAUGCCUGGUGUAGAGUACGUGGAAGAAGAUGGGGUGGUUCGAGCCAUGGAUGUAGGCUGCUGGGGUUUGGAUAGAGUAGAUCAACGAAACUUGCCCCUCGACAAUAGCUACGCCCCUUCUGCCAGUGGGAAUGGAGUUGUUGUGUACGUAAUCGAUACAGGGGUAAACCAGAACCACGAUGACUUCGAAGGUCGUGCAGUCCAUGCCUGGACAUACCCAGGCGGCACAGCUGAUGAUUGUCAAGGUCAUGGCACCCAUUGUGCAGGCAUCGUCGGCUCCUCAACGUAUGGCGUGGCAAAGGAGGUCACGAUCAAAGGGGUCAAGGUACUGAAUUGCUACGGGAGUGGUUCAUACUCAACUAUGAUUGCAGGUAUUGAUUGGGUAGCUACGGAUGCCAUUGGAAGUGAUGCGGUAGCCUCCAUGUCUAUAGGAGGAGGGGCCUCUGCUACUCUUGAUGAGGCUAUAAGAACACUGGUGGACAGUGGUGUACCCACAGUGGUAGCCGCUGGAAACAGCAAUAGCGACGCUUGUAAUUACUCACCCGGCAGAGAACCUUCGGCGAUAACAGUUGGUGCAUCGACACAGACAGACACAAUACGUAGUUCGUCAAACUAUGGAUCAUGUGUGGAUAUCUUCGCCCCUGGGAGUGAAAUCAAAUCAACUUGGUAUACCAGCAACGAUGCUACUGCUGUACUCAGUGGAUCCUCAAUGGCAUGUCCUCAUGUGGCAGGUGCCCUAGCUCUAAACGGCCGUAGUCGAACCGACCUUCUGGAGUCCGCUACCAGCGAUGUACUCCUGGACGUCCCUUCAGGCACACCCAACAAGCUCCUUUACGUCCAGUAACCGAGUCUUACCGAGAUAUAAUGGAAAGCUAUCUCCACUCAUGUCUGCUGGCUGCAUUCUGAACGUUUAAUUUUAACCGUGGUCCAUGAAGUUGUGGUCUAACUUUGGAUAGCCAACAGUGACGCAAAUCUCUAUAAUGUAAAGGUUCAAUCUAUCAGCUCAAUCGACACUUAAUUCGUAACUCUUUGGAUAUCGUAACUUAAGUUUUCUUCAUCAUUAAGGAUGAGGAAAGAACACAUUUUUGACAUUUUGGCACCCCACAAUUCUAGCAGAGAUUUAGCAUGGCCUUACCACUCACAAAUUUGUGAGAAUCCCAUUAAUAUUGAGGUAGAAUAACAGAUCCUGUUAAAAAAGCAUUAGUAUCAAAACAAAUCUUUCGAUUUUCUCAAGGUUUGCUUCAUGGUAAUUUGCCACUUUGUCUACCCCACCCAUUCUACUGUAUGUUUGGUCUAACACGACGCGGUCUAAUUCUAGUUCCUCUCCAACUCACAUUUCUGACACAAAUUUCAAACUCGCAUUCAAAUUCUACUCUGGAAGUGAAAGGAUGGUCUUAAAUCAUUGCAAAUGAUAUCUGGCAUGAAUUGUGUACAAUACAAGAUAUAGAGUUGAGAAGUUUAUGGACACCUGAAUAAUGACAAAAUACCUCAAAUUCAAGAUUAUAGAAGAUUUCUUUAUUUCAAUCAAUCACACAAACUGAAUAAUUUGAACAAGUAGCUUUACAAAUGUAUAAUUUUUCUACUUCAGAGCUUUUGAAUGAAAAAAAUAUUUUCAAUGUCUUUUGAAUAAUCUUAUAAAGCAAGUUUUCUUCUGAUACAAAUGAAUCUGCUAGAAACUUACAAAACAAAAGCUAUGUGUGUAUUACAGAGAUACUAUUGCCAAAGAUUCUGGAGGACACUUCAUGAAUCUUUCUGUAAACUCUGUUCCGAAUACUUUUUGCAGAAGAUGUGAUGAAUAAAUGAGUGCUGAAUGUGCAACUAUUUACAUG